CGCCCCGCCUCCAACGUUCCCCUCCCAGCCCCGCCUCCAGUGCCUUAUAACCCGAGUGCCCGAGCCGCGAUCAGCUUGGUCUUCUGCUCUGCAGCCUCACUGUCACCUGCAUGAUGAGCUUCAGCUCAGACCAUUAUCUUUGCUCCUCCUCCUACAGGAAGGUGUUUGGGGAUGGCUCACGCCUCUCCUCGCGCUUCGGGGGCAGCGGUUCUGGGGGCUACAGGUCACAGUCUCUGUCCCGUUGCAACGUUGCCUCGUCGGGUGCCUGUUCUACCUCCUCUUCUCUGGGGCUGGGGCUGAGCUACCGCCGGACCGGGCCUGACAACCUAGACCUGAGCCAGGCAGCGGCGCGCAACAAUGAAUACAAGAUCAUCCGCACCAACGAGAAAGAGCAGCUGCAAGGUCUCAACGAUCGCUUUGCUGUGUUCAUCGAAAAGGUGCACCAGCUGGAGACCCAGAACCGCGCGCUUGAGGCUGAACUGGCCGCGCUGCGGCAGCGCCACGCCGAACCGUCGCGCGUUGGCGAGCUGUUCCAGCGCGAGCUGCGGGAGCUUCGAGCGCAGCUGGAAGAGGCGAGCUCCGCGCGAACUCAGGCGCUGCUAGAGCGGGAUGGGCUGGCUGAGGAGGUGCAGCGGUUGCGGGCGCGUUGCGAGGAAGAAAGCCGCGGGAGAGAGGGUGCAGAGCGCGCCCUGAAGGCGCAGCAGCGAGAUGUGGACGGCGCCACCCUGGCACGGCUGGACCUGGAGAAGAAGGUGGAGGCGCUGUUAGACGAAUUGGCCUUCCUACGGCAAGUGCACGAAGAGGAAGUGUCUGAGCUGCUGGCAUCGCUGCAGGCAUCGUCCCAGGCCUCGGCCGAAGUAGAUAUGACCGUGGCCAAGCCAGACCUGACCUCGGCGCUGCGGGAGAUCCGCGCCCAGUACGAGUCUCUGGCCGCCAAGAACCUACAGUCCGCUGAGGAGUGGUACAAGUCUAAAUUCGCCAACCUGAACGAGCAAGCGGCGCGCAGCACCGAAGCCAUCCGAGCCAGUCGCGAAGAGAUCCACGAGUACCGACGCCAGCUGCAGGCACGCACCAUCGAGAUCGAAGGGCUCCGAGGUGCCAAUGAGUCCCUGGAAAGGCAGAUCCUGGAGAUGGAGGAAAGGCACAGUGCUGAGGUGGCUGGCUUUCAGGAUAGCAUUGGACAACUAGAGAAUGACCUGAGGAACACCAAGAGUGAGAUGGCUCGCCACCUGCGGGAAUACCAGGAUCUGCUCAAUGUCAAAAUGGCUCUGGACAUUGAGAUUGCAGCUUACAGGAAACUACUGGAAGGCGAAGAGACCCGAUUCAGCACUGGUGGAAUGACAAUGUCAGGGCUGAAUCCACCUCCUAAUCCCGGUUAUUUGGCAUCAUCCAGAAUGUUUAGUUCAACUUCCUCAAAAGUGUCACCCCCUGUGUCUUUUAAGAAAGAGGAGAAGGAGGAGAAAGAAGAAGCCAAAAAGGCUUCUGAGAUAGAGGAGAGCUUUGCAGAAAUAAUGGAGGAAACCAUAAUAUCUACUAAGAAAAUUGAAAAAGCAAACCUUGAAGAAGUCACCAUCUCAAGCCAAAAAAUAUAGUCAGUGCUUAAAAACAACAACCCCAUAACGAGUAAGAAACUAAUACUUAAGAGGGAAUAAUAUGCAUUUGACCUUUUAAAUAGCUUAUUUCCUGUACCAAACACCUGUUAUGUAGUAUAAAAUAUCUCUAGACUUUAGUCUCAUUUUCAAUACAGAAUUUUCUCUCAAGCAAGAAAAACUCACUUAGACGCAGCUUGACCUGCUAGGAGCCAACUAUGGUCCUGGAGCAAUCACAGAGAAGUUACCCAAUAAUAUGCCCUUCUCAUUCAGGCAGAUAGAUGAUUCUGGGCCAGAGAAGGUGCCAACUGAGGUGCUAAAUCUUCUGUGAUCAUUGUCAUUUGCUAUGAGCUAAAAUUAAAUCCUACAUACACUCACCAGCCUCAGCCCACACCCAGUUCACUCAUGCUCCUUAGAUACAUAAAAAAUCACUGCCAAAGAUGAAUCAACCUGCCCACAUCCUAGGUAACUGCUGCUUAAAGCUGUUUGAUACAGUGUGAAUGUUGGCUCCUCAGGGGCUGCUCCAGCUCAUCUUCAUUCAGAAAAAAAUAAAAGGCCAGUUAAUAUUCUUCCCUUUUAAACAAUUUCAGGUUUUUCAAAAAAAAGAAAAACUGCCCCUCCAUCCUGCUGUGCCCAGCAGGUAACUAGAUGUAUGGUGGUCAUUUCUGUGAUUUAUGUGAUAACUUUUCAUGACCGUUUCACAUCAUCUAACGUGUUGUAGUUAAAAAAAGGAACCUGGCGAUGAAUGAUGCAUUUCUAUAGUUCUCUUCCCCUCACAUAGAAAAUGCUAAUAUUUCCUAGGUUGGUUAGUUUAUGACUCAAAUCCAUUUAUUCUAAAAUUCACUCUUUUAGGAGCGGAGCCUUUCACCUCAACUUUAGAAGCACAUUCGUAAUACUUCUAAGCUGUAGGCAGCCUGAUAGAUUUAGGAUAAACUAGAAGAGACAUAUUUCUGAGAACAAAGCAGCCAAGGAUUCCAUUCAUCUGUGAUUAUUCAUUUGUGGUGAUGUAGCAUUAGUCUGCCCAUGGUCUCAUGAGAAGACAUAUUGUCCUUUACAUAAAGUCACAUUUGUAUCUUUCCUUCCUUCCAACCUAGCUUCUAGUGAAGUCUUGUCUGUGUUCCCUUAUAACCCGAGAGUCUCACUGCAUAUUUUAUGUAAUUGGGCCUCACCAUGACACAAAGUAUAGUCGAAGGAAACAAUACAAAUAACCCCUUUUCAAUAGAUCAAAACUACCAGCAGAUAGAAAAGAGGGGGGGGAAAUGUAAUUUUGUUUCUUAAAUUGUUUCCACAAACAAACUGUCUUGACCUUGAAUGCAGAGUUGUAGGUGCCCCAUUUUCCUGUCUGGGAAGUGGAUCCUAGAUGGCCAACCCAUUAAGUCUCCCCAGCAGAGCAGCUUCUGCAUCUCACAGCCUUAUUUGUGCCGACUGACACCUGCCAAGUAUGAUGUAGGAAGAUAAAGCCCUAACUGCUUAUGAUCACUUUCAUCACUGCUGAAGAGUUUUGCUUAUCUCUUUUUAUACAUUUUUGAUCCAGGGCUCUGUGGUGAUAAGGUAGUUAUAGUUUCACUAAAUUUUCCUCUCCUACUGGAUCCCAACCAAUUCAAGGAUUUAGAAUAGUCAUUUUCCUUCUCCCUUGUAUUGUAAGACACAAGUUAGUAAAAGUAAUAAUUAAAAACCCCCCACGCCUGAACUUCACUCUCAUAGUCUGUGUUAUUUGUGGUGUGCUAUUUUGCUGAGUUAUUUUGGUCUAGUAAGACCACACUAUUUUGAUUGUCUUCUUGCAAUGCAAGCACAGUUCAAACCACAGAGUACUCAGGAACUGGACUUUGGUCUGUAUGUACACAUUUCACUUCUCUUUACAAAAGCCCUGAUUACACUGUUAAUAGCUUCAUUAAUAUUAAUACAUGCACUAGAAAUAAUUGAACUCAUUCAUCUUUCCCCCCAAAACCCACUUAUCCUCUAUAUUUUCUUGUUUUUUGUUUUUUGUUCAGGGCACCCCCAACCUUUUAGUCACCCAAGUUCACAGCCUUGAAGCUUUCCCUACUCUUCCCUCUCCCUCACUCUCCAUAGGCUACCAGCUGCAGAGUCUUGCCCCCUCUCCCCUGUGACAUUUCUUGUACCACCCUAGCUCAGGCCCUGAUCACCUCUACCCUGGACUACUAUCACAACAGCCUCCUAACUGGACUUCCAGCUUCCAGUCUCUCCCCUCAUCAAUCCAUUCGCCAUAGAUAUGCCAAAAUAAUCUUCCUAAAGUACACAUGUGACCACGUCACUCCCUGUUCAAGAGCUGUCAGUGGCUUCCUCUUGCCUUGCCUUAGUAUGUAAAGUCCUUUAUGACUUAGCUCCAAACUAACUUUCUGGUCUUAUUGUAUAUUAUACCUUUUCAUUGACUACAUUUCAGUCCAACCGACCUAUUUGCUUCCUACCAGUCUCCCAUCUGUGCUUUGCAUAGGCUGUCCAUCAUGCCUAGAAUGUACUCCCUUCUUAUCUCUGCUCUUUAAAUUCUUAGCUUCCUUCAAGACUCAGCUCAGGUCCCAUAUCCUAUGGGGACUUGCCUUCUAAAAUGAUUAUCUUGAUACUUACAUGUUUGCAUGUUGUGUUCCCCUCCCCCAGUAGAAUGUAAGCUCCUUGAGAGCAAGAACUAUUUUUCAUGUUGUCUUUGUAUCUCCAGAACCUUUGCAUGUAGUAGGCACUUAAUAAAUGAUUAUUAGACUGCA